ACAAAGACCGGGGCAACCGAUAAGAGAAAGCAGUCUUGGAGUACUGGCGAGGACAGAGUGAACAAAAGCGUAAGUGGCUUGGAGCAAGGAGUUUAUUCGUGAGAGACACGAUCUACCAAAAUGCAGCGUGUAUUCUCAGUGAUCGUGGUGGUGCUGCUGGCCUUGAUGAUGGUGACCACAGAAGCAGGCAAAAACAAGAAAGAGAGGGGGAAAAGUCCUAAGGGUACAUCGGACUGCACAGAGUGGCGCUACGGCAACUGCGUGCCCAACAAUGGAGACUGUGGGGUUGGUGUGAGAGAAGGCACCUGCAACGAUCAGACCAAGAAGCUCAAGUGCAAAGUGCCCUGCAACUGGAAAAAGGAGUUUGGUGCUGACUGCAAGUACAAGUUUGGUAGCUGGGGGGAGUGUGAUACAACCACUGGCACAAAGAACCGGUCUGGAACCCUGAAGAAAGUGCUGUACAAUGCUGAGUGCCAGACAACCAUCAAAGUGUCAAAACCGUGCCCCCCAAAGACCAAGACAAAGGCCAAAGGAAAGAAGGGGAAAGGGAAGGAGAACUGAGGAGAGCUCGAACGUUGCAAUGGACCUCGCAUCGCCUCCAGAAUACUGCACCAGCACAAUCUCCCCUUCUUUGCCAAACAUUUCGGACUACACUCAGGGUGUCACAUCAGCUGUAAGUGAUGCCUCUCUAAAAACAAAAACAAUUUUCUGUUUUGGAACCAGUGUUUGUAAUGUACAGUACUUUUUCAUUUUUUUCUUCCAUCUUAGAACAAGCUGAAAGAUAUAAUCAAAGGGAAGAACAGGUCCCUCAUUUGCUACUGAUGAAAAUGUAAAGAUUGUUUUAAAAAUUUUUUAAAAGGUAGAUUCAUCCAAGGAUUAUAUGAUUCUGAAUGAAAAUGUCAAUGCUAUAUGACUAUGUUUUUGUUUUUCUUUUCUGACUACCAGGUAGAGCUACUAACAGAACUGAACAGGUUUCUUAAGUGAAUUUGAAUUGUGUGCCAAUUACUAAGCUUGUAGGACCCAAAUCAUCUAAUUAUUUUAGUGGACUCAGGCUAGCCAAUGUGCAUUUCAUGUAUGAGAAGGAUGUAGGGUUUGAAUGGUCAAGGAAGUAAUAGGAUUUGGAUUAUACAAAAAGAUGUGUUGUUAGUGAAGUAGACUAUUGGCUUUGCAAUAUAUAAGGUUUGUUUGGAACAAAACAUAUGGUUCAGCAUUAAGUGUAUUUGUGGAAGACUUAAUAAGAGCCUAUUUGAGUGUGCUUGUAUAAUCUGUAUACACACAGAUCCUUAAAUGGUACAUUUUAUCCUAUUCACAAAUGCUGUCAGCAAUAAAAUGAACCUCUCCCAAUAAAUAAACUUUCUUAAAACAA